AUGUAUAUUAAUAAAAUUUUAAAACUAGAUAAUACGGACUAUUAUGCAACCUUUCAAAAUGUUUACGGAUCUAAGACUACUGAAGAACAUAGGCCAACAUAUAUGCAGUCACAAGCAAAAUCUGAAUCUAUUUCAAAAUAUAUUCUAAUUGCAGAAAAAAUUGCCGAAAAUGUCAUU